AUAUUCCACCUCCACGAGAAUAGCGACAUCCAAAGGACCGCCUGAAUUAACUGGAAAACCGUUGACAAUAUGCCUUUAGAUCAACAACAAAUCAUGCCGCUCUCUUCAGUUCGUUGUUUUUUUCCUCGGCCGCAUGUGAUCGAGUGUAUUAGUGCAUAUCAAAGAGACCGACACAUUAAAGCGCUACCGCACCUAUAGAAUCGCAGACGUCGCGUCGCGGCGUCGCGACCAAAACGGGGAAAUUUCACUUUCUGUUUACUCUAGUUUCAUGUUUAGAAGCUUAGUCUCUGCGCUCCUGUCGAAGUGGUGACAUCGCUGUUCGUCACACUCGUAAUUCGCUCGUGAUCCUAGAAAAAUUGCGAAGUGAAUAGUGUCAGAAUAAAUUCAGGAAGGAACAAAUGCGCGCGUUCGAAAAGUCUAACCUUACGGUACAAAGUAUGUCUAACAAGGUAGAAAUCUUCAAAGUAAAUGGGGACAAAAUGUAUAAAUGCCAAAAGUGUGGCGAAAUGUCAAAACGACGUUUUAACGUAGAACGCCAUUACAGACGAUUCCACGAAAAAAUUAAGCCACAAAAAACAUGUUGCGACAAAAUAUUUUAUACCAAAAGUGAUUUUUACAAUCACAGACACAAAAUACACGAGGAAAAGAAAAAGUAUACAAAAGAAUACAAAAGUAUACAAAAUCAACGAACGUCCAAGUUCCAAUGUCCGGCUGUUCCCAAAGUUGAACAGCCAAACACAAAAGAAAUUUUGGUAGAAAUUCAAAAUAAGACUGACAUUUCGCGAUCGCCAAUUGAAAAAUUAAACGCACCAAAGAAAGGUUUUUUAAGUAGAUGGCAAAAGGAUUCCUAUAAGUGUAAAAAUAGGAGAUCAGCGACUAAACGCCCAUCGCGACGUAGAGUUCCAACACAUCCGCUGAGUGUGACAAAAGAAAAUAUAAAAAUAUAUAAUGUUACAGAAGAGUCGAAGGAAGGCAUAGAUAGAGCGUUAUACUCCAUUAAAUUUUAA